UGCAGUUGUUCUUGCGGUGCACUACCUGCAGACGAUCCUACCUACUUCGCUCUCUUCUUGGUUCUUCUCUUCUCCACUUGUCUCUGUUCUUCUUCUCUUACGCUUGCGAACUUCAAUAACUGAAUCUCUAAACCGUAAUAACCGAAAUCCGCUCCCCAAGAAAGAUCCGAAUGAGGGAUCCGAAUCUGGAGUUGCAGGAAUCGGGUUGGGAGGAACUGCGUAAGGAAGCGCGCAAGAUCGAGGGCGAUCUCGACGUCAAACUCUCUUCCUACGCCAAACUCGGCGGUCGCUUCACGCAAACAGGUCAUGUGGACGGUGGUUCACCACCUCUUGGGUCCAGUAGGUCUUGGAAGUCCAUGGAAAUGGAAAUCCAGUCUUUGCUGGAGAAACUGUUGGACAUAAAUGAUUCAAUGAGUAGAUGUGCUGCAUCUGCCGGACCGGCUACUUCUGUAACUCAAAAGUUGGCUAGGCACAGAGACAUUCUUCAUGAGUUUACCCAGGAAUUUAGGCGUAUCAAAGGGAACAUAAACUCAAUGAGGGAACAUGCAGAGCUUUUGAGUUCUGUCAGGGAUGAUAUUACCGACUUUAAGACAUCGGGCAGUAUGUCACCAAGGAUGCAGUUGCUACGGGAGAGGGCUGCCAUCCAUGGAAAUAUAUCUCAUAUGGAUGAUGUGAUUAGUCAAGCUCAAGCAACAAGAGCUGUGUUGGGUUCUCAAAGAGCCUUGUUUUCUGAUGUUCAAGGAAAAGUGAAAGGUCUUGGUGACAAGUUCCCCAUGAUUCGAAGCCUUCUUGGUUCGAUAAGAAGGCGGCGUUCAAGGGAUACUCUUAUUCUGUCAGCAGUAAUUGCUGCUUGUACGUUGUUUCUCAUCAUUUAUUGGCUUUCAAAGUGACCAAAAUAUUUUGUAACGCAUUAUGAAUUAUGGUAAUGCUAUCCAUUGAAUUUUUCCGCUUGUCUGUUUUUUUUAUUUUCUGUUUUUCAGAGGAGGGGGAGAGUAGGAUUUUUUUUCAACCCACUGUCUAGGAGCCUCAUAUUUGUAUGUCAGUUGUUGACAUUAAAAAAAAUAUUUGAUUUUUUAUAUAAAUCAGUAUCAAAUAGUAAAUUCCACAUU